GCAGCCACAACCCCUCACUCACUCUUGAUGUCAACCGAACAAUCAAGCUCUCAAGUCUCACCUCACCUUCAACCUUCCUCUCCCUUUCUUGCUGCUAUAGAUCUACUACAUAUCUAUUGUUGGAGCUGCUACAAAUAUGCUGCUGAAGCUGUUACAGAUCUGCUCCUGGAGCUGCUGUCAAAGCUGUUAGCUGCAGCCUGCAGAUCUGCUCCUGUGCCGAACUCCCCUCUGCUUGCUGCACUGCACUGUGCCGGACUCUCUUCUGCUUGCUACAUUGCACUGUGCCGAACCCCCUCUGCUUGCUGCACUGUGCCGGACUCCCCUCAUCAAUUCUCCCAACAUCAAGAAAGUGUAGUUCAUGUUCUAGUAAUGGGUGGUGCAGGAUAUAUUGGUUCACAUGCUGCUUUACGCCUUCUUAAGGAUUCUUACCGUGUAAUGAUCGUGGACAAUCUUUCACUACACUGCACUGUGCCGGACUCCCCUCUGCUUGCUGCACUGCAUUGUGCCGGACUCCCUUCUGUGCCGGACAAUCUUUUUUGGGUUGAUUUUUGCUUAUAUUUGGAACAAGUAUAUUGCUUUAUAUUGGAUUAAUUUCUAUGUAUGUUUGGAACAACUUAUGUUUGGAACAACUUAUGUUUGGAACAUGUUGCUUUAUGUUGGAUUAAUCUCUAUUUGAAACAAUUUUGUUGAUUUAAUUAUUUGUAUUAAAUUAAUUUUUAUUUA